CUGCUCGGCUCAAAAAGCGGAGAUCACUCACACACACGCUCCACACACACCUCACCGUCUCGGGCGAGGAGCACACGCCGGCGUUCGGAGAGGAGCUGAGGCUGCACGGAGCCUCCACCACCACCACAGAAGGAGAAAACGCAGGAGAGAGCAGGACAUGAUCUCUGGGUGUUUUGGGGAACGCAAGAGCGCAACGCAAGACUUUGGCACCGCGUUAAAACGCAGCUGCGGACACGCGGAAUCCGGCUUCCCAGGCUGUGAGAUCUGUUACUUUACGACUCCAGCCUGCUGCUGCUAGUAAAACCUCCAAGUGGAGACGCGAGCUCCGUGUGCGCAAAAUACGCGGGGACGCAGAGGCAGUGGAUACGCGGAGUGGGAGCCGCUCGUUUGGACCUUGACGCACAGUGGAGCCGCUGUCUCCCCGGAGCGCAGAGAUCCACCCGGAGCCUCCCAGCUGUGGAACACGCAGUUCUGAUGCAGGAGUUUGUUUGCACACUGUUUGCUGGAUGAAGGUUUUGGUUCCAUCCCUCCUCUGAAUGGACAGAUUCACCAAGCAAAGCCGCUGCGCAACUGAACAUCUGAAUUCCGCCAGUGACAUGUAGUUGUCACUUAGUUUUCUCCUCCUAUGGUUUAAUAAUCUCCGUGGGAUUAUUACUCAAGAUCUUUAAUUUUCCCUGUUACCAGCUUCUUCUCUUUUUGGUCCUGAAGGGGUGUGGAUCUCAUUUCCCCUUUUCCCUUUUUUUUUAUUUCUCAUUUUUGGAGAAUUUCUAUCAACACGAGGUGGAAACAUUAGAAACUUCAAGCUCCCCGCGAGUUUUCUGAAUCAUCCAAGAUGGAUUUUGUGCCAUCGCUGAUUGGAUUUUUAAUGGCAAUGUGUCAUCUGGCGUUUAGAGUCAGAGGAGAAGAGGCAUUGGAGUGCGGCGGGAUGUACGACGCCAGCAAGGCGGGCUACAUCACCUCCCCCGGUUAUCCUCUGGAGUACCCGCCUCACCAGAACUGCCACUGGAUCAUCACGGCGCCGGAGUCGUCGCAGCGCAUCGUCCUCAACUUCAACCCGCACUUUGAGAUCGAGAGGCUGGACUGCAAGUAUGACUUCAUCGAGAUCCGCGACGGGACCUUGGACACCGCCGACGUCCUGGGUCGGCACUGCAGCAACAUCGCCCCGGCACCAAUCAUCUCCUCCGGCUCCUCCCUGCAGAUCAGGUUCGUCUCGGACUACGCCCACCAGGGGGCGGGCUUCUCCCUGCGCUACGAGAUCUUCAAAACAGGGUCGGAAUUCUGCUUCCGCAACUUCACCAGCCCGUCCGGCAUGAUCGAGUCGCCGGGCUUCCCCGACAAAUACCCGCACAACCUGGAGUGCUCCUACAUGAUCAUCGCCCCGCCGCGCAUGGACAUCACCCUCACCUUCCUCACCUUCGACCUGGAGAACGACCCCCUGCUGGUGGGAGAGGGCGACUGCAAGUACGACUGGCUGGACGUGUGGGACGGGCUGCCGCAAGUGGCGCCUCUGAUUGGCCGGUACUGUGGAACAAAGAUCCCCCCAGAGAUCCAGUCGUCCUCCGGCCUGCUCUCCCUCUCCUUCCACACCGACAUGGCCGUGGCCAAAGACGGCUUCUCGGCCCGCUACAACAUGACGCACAAAGAAGUCACCGACUCGUUCCACUGCAGCAUGGCACUCGGGCUGGAGUCGGGCAAGAUCAGCGACGAUCAGAUCAGCGCGUCCACGACCUUCUACGACAGCCGCUGGUUGCCACGGCAGGCUCGCCUCAACAACGACGACAACGCCUGGACGCCGUCUGAGGACAGCAACAAGGAGUAUAUCCAGGUCGACCUCCAGUUCCUGAAGGUUUUGACGGGCAUCGCCACACAAGGCGCCGUUUCCAAGGAGACACAGAAGUCCUACUAUGUCACCACCUUCAAGCUGGAAGUCAGCACCAACGGGGAGGACUGGAUGGUGUACCGCCACGGCAAAAACCACAAGAUUUUCCACGCCAACACCGACCCGGCCGAGGUGGUGCUCAACCGCGUGCCGCAGCCAGUGUUGGCCCGCUUCGUUCGCAUCCGACCACAGACCUGGAGGAACGGCAUCGCCCUGCGCUUCGAGCUCUACGGAUGCCAGAUCACAGACGCUCCGUGUUCGGACCUGCAGGGCCUGCUGUCCGGCCUGCUGCCCGACGCGCAGAUCUCGGCGUCCUCCAGCCGGGACAUGGUGUGGAAUCCCGGCACCGCCCGCCUGGUGGCGAGUCGCUCCGGCUGGUUCCCCGCCCCUGCACAGCCCCUGGCGGGAGAGCAGUGGCUGCAGGUGGACCUAGGUGUGCCCACGACGGUGCGUGGCGUGAUCACCCAAGGAGCGAGGGGAGGAGACGCAGGGAGCGGGGCGACCACGGAUAAUCGGGCGUUUGUUCGCAAGUAUAAAGUGGCGCACAGCCUGAACGCGAAGGAGUGGAAUUUCAUCAUGGACAGCAAGACGAGCCUGCCGAAGAUUUUCGAGGGGAACACGCACUACGACACCCCGGAGCUGCGUCACUUUGAGGAGACGGUGGCCCAGUACGUCAGGCUGUAUCCAGAGAGGUGGUCUCCAGCGGGGAUUGGGAUGAGAGUGGAGAUACUGGGCUGUGACCUUCCAGAACCCACCACGCCGGCCGAAACGGUCACGCCAACUCUGCCUCCCAACACCGACACCACCACUGUCCCCAUCACGACUACAGCGGGCACCUCUUCUUCAUCAGACAGCGUGUGCGACUUUGACCACGGCCUGUGUGGGUGGACGCACGACUCCAACGCCCCUCUCUUCUGGUCCCUGCACAGCCACGAGCUCAACAGCUAUCUCUACAUGGACGCCAGCCUGAAGACGGAGCAGCAGCGUGCCCGCCUCGUGAGCCCCGUGGUGGCAGCGGAAACCGGGCCCCUCUGCCUCGUCUUCUCCUACCAGCUGUGGGGCGAGGCCCAGGGCCACCUGAAGGUGCUGCUGCGGGACGCCCACAACGAGGAGACCCUGCUCUGGACGCUGACGGACGACCAAGGCGUGUGGAAGGAGGGCCGCACGAUCCUGCCUCGCUCCCCGAAAGACUUCCAGGUUGUGAUGGAGGGUUUCUUUGUGCACGGCACCAGAGGACACAUCUGGAUAGACAACAUCCACAUAAGCUCCAGCACCCCCCUGAAAGAGUGUACACAACCCUUCGCUGCAUUUCCUCCUGAAAACCCAGGGGGAGGCGUUCCUGUGCCUCCCUUGCCCAUCCACUGGUAUUACAUUAUGGCCGCCGGAGGCGCCCUCCUUCUCCUGGCGGUGGCCAUCUUGGUCAGAGCCCUCUGUUGCUGCCGACAACACCUGGCCACCAAGAAGAGCCAGCUGUCAGUGGCCUAUCACAGCUCCUCGCAGUGCUUCCAGUAUUCUAACUGGUCGUCCAGUAUGGCCACCCCAGGGGUGGAGCCAGUCCUGACAGUGAGACUGGACAGCCGGGACCGACACCGCACCCUCUGCUGAAGAGACGCGCUUAUGGCUGCAGUCGCGUUCGGCAGCGGAGGACGGCAACUUGUGAUGUCAGUGGCAGUGUGUUGUUGUGAUGCCGCGAGAUUGACUGGACGGACCCGUCUCUCCUCUAGUUUACAGUUGCCAGGGUGACGAUGACACAGACGUCGUCCUAAACUGCCAAGUGAAACAUUUUUGCAAAGAAACACUGUGCUCUCUCUCUCUCUCUCUCUCUCUCUCUCUCUCUCUCUCUCUCUCUCUCUAAUGGAUGUAGCUUUAGUUGCUGUUUUCCUCUUCUGCUCCAUGAAGGAGUUUGCUGUUGACAUUUCACACUAUGCUGGUCCCGAUGAGAGGACUGAAGUAAGUUAUUUAUCUGAACAGCUUGUUUCGGACCAUUGAGUGCCGUCUGGCUCCUCAUAGCCCCAGCGGUCCUCCCGGAAUGACCCCAUCGUGGACGCACACACACACAGACGUGUGGACUGGGAAGAGGGUGGGGGGGGGUCGAGCCGGUUCCGCUGUGAGAGCCAGCCGGAGCUGCCAAACCUCGGGCUGAAACAAGACCCCAGAGACGCGAGGGAGCUCUGCGGCGCUGUGAGAGGAGACGAGGAGAAAACUGUUAAGAGGCGUUCAUUGUGCUCGCAGUGGAGAUGAUCUGGCAAGCCCCAGAAAAUAAGGCUCCUGGUAUCUCUGUAAUAACAACACGAGAUGGCUGCGAUACCAGUUGUACCAGUAGUGAGGCUGUUGUAACCGAAAAAAAAAAAAACUUCCAUUGUCCUUCUUCAACAGCAUGUGCACAUUUAAAAACAAAGGAAUGCAAAUCCAUCAUACUUAAAGUCCUGCAUCACCAAUGGAGAUAACCAGCUCGUUUGAUUGAGCGCCUCGUCUCCUCCUGAUAAAGGCGUCAGUCAGUGAUGGAUGCGGCCGUCCUCAGUGUUUAGCGUUUCAUCUUGAUUCUCUGGCGUAAUAAAAGCACGUUGUUCCACUCCCCAUUUCUGCUCCAUACCACCCACUCCCAUUGUUCCCCGUGUCUGUAAGCUGCCCAGAUGAAAGCCGAGCCGAGCUGAGCCAUGUUGUGUUUUCGGUGUGAAUAUGUGCUUGUUGUUUUUUUUGGGGUGGGGGGGUUGUAAAUAGAGACAGCUGUCUGCCAUCACCACUUCUUCCUUGAUUUAUACUCCUACAAAUCCCACAAUGCCGCUGCACCAGCUGGAAGCCAUAAGCGCAGUAUACGUGCACCCUUGAGCGGGAUCCAAGACGUGAUGGAAACCAGAGCCGGGCUGCAGCUAUCGACGCUUCCUCCUUUUUAGUGCCAUAAAGAAAAGCAUAGAACAAGACAUAGCUGAUGAACUCUUCACAAACAUAUCUGGGAUCUAAGAAGAAAAUGAGAAAUUGGUGGGGGUUUAGAAAUUGAGCUCUUUACUCUGCGGCUUAACGGGGCGUGCUCUCCUGAUCUGUCACACCAGCAGAAAUCCGUCACCUCCCGAGUCCACAGCUCAGCAGAAUGCGACUCAAUUUAGAAGCUGCACUUUUCUCUCCGGAGUAUAAAAAAAAAACCAAGGAAGGUUUUUUUUUGGCAUGCUCUCGCUGUGUGCUUUUAAAUCAACUUGGGGGGAUUGGAUGCCCUAUUUCGUCCAUCCCGACACCGUUGGCGCUCCAAGCCGCUAAUAGUUGUAAUUAGUUAAUGGACGGGUAACAUUUAUGAAGGCUGCGGUAAGCACUUUUAUCUCCCAUCUACCACACCUCCAGCCGCCCCAAUCCGCUGCCAACUUGCAGUUGCCCUGGAAACAGUACUAACAACGCCAUUGGCCGUCAAAGACCUCCACAUCCAGACGUGUGCCUUGCCAAGUAGUUACUCCCACUCCUGAAUGCUCGCCAGGGGCAGACACACACACACACACACACACACACACACACACACACACACACACACACCCACACAAAUACACACACACAAGUGAGAAUAGAACUCAUCUAAAGUAUAAGUACACUGGAGCUGCCGGCCUCAACUAAAGUGCUGCAGCCAUCGCUACAUGUCGUUUGCUUCCACUCUUGCACACAUUUACAUUUUUCAAUCCACGCCGCUUUGGCCGUUUCACGAUUUUCACCGAACGGAAAGCGAGAGUGUUUGCGACGAGCGCUACUUAAAUGUCGUUAUUAGUUUUUUUUUUGUUGUUUUUUUCCUUGAUCAUCUUAUCCACCACUCUUAAACUUGACCGUGACAGUGUCGAUGAUUUUAACGGUGAUAAUGAUGUUGAUUAUUUUGACGAUGUUUGCAUCCUUAUUCACGUGGAAUGAACAGUCUUAUACCAUCAGUAUGUUAUGUGAUGACUGUGAUUAACAGGAAUGUAUCAUAAUGAUCUUUUUCUCUAUUAAUAAAGUCAUAUUUUUCUAUUA